GGUGGUGGAGAAAACAACACUGGCAGUUUUAACUCUUUCAAACAGCAGGAUGAUGAAUAUGGAGGGGAAGAUGAUGCCGAAGUCCAGCAGGAAUGCCUUCACAAAUUUUCCACCCGAGAUUAUAUCAUGGAGCCCUCCAUUUUUAAUACUUUAAAGCGGUACUUCCAAGCGGGUGGUUCUCCAGAGAACGUGAUUCAGCUCUUAUCGGAGAAUUACACCGCCGUGGCUCAGACAGUAAAUCUUUUGGCUGAGUGGCUUAUUCAAACAGGCGUUGAACCUAUUCACGUCCAGGAAACCGUGGAAAACCACUUAAAAAGUUUGCUGAUUAAACACUUUGAUCCACGUAAAGCAGAUUCCAUUUUUACAGAGGAAGGAGAGACUCCAGCAUGGCUUGAGCAAAUGAUAGCACACACAACGUGGCGAGACCUCUUCUACAAGCUGGCUGAAGCUCAUCCAGACUGCCUUAUGCUGAACUUUACUGUCAAACUUAUCUCUGAUGCUGGAUACCAAGGGGAGAUCACCAGUGUAUCAACAGCCUGCCAGCAGUUGGAAGUCUUUUCUCGUGUGCUGCGGACCUCUCUAGCUACUAUCUUAGAUGGUGGAGAAGAAAAUCUGGAGAAGAAUCUACCAGAAUUUGCUAAAAUGGUGUGCCACGGUGAGCACACGUAUCUUUUUGCUCAAGCUAUAAUGUCCAUGUUAGCACAAGAAGAACAAGGUGGCUCUGCUGUGCGCAGAAUUGCUCAAGAAGUUCAGCGAUUUGCUCAUGAGAAAGGCCAUGAUGCCAGUCAGAUCACCCUGGCGUUGGGUACUGCAGCUUCCUAUCCCCGUGCCUGCCAAGCCCUUGGCGCCAUGCUGUCAAAAGGAGCUCUGAACCCAGCAGACAUCACAGUCCUCUUCAAGAUGUUCACAAGCAUGGAUCCUCCUCCUGUAGAACUGAUUAGAGUUCCUGCUUUUUUAGAUCUCUUUAUGCUGUCACUGUUUAAGCCAGGAGCAAAAAUCAAUCAAGACCACAAGCACAAAUAUAUCCACAUUUUGGCCUAUGCAGCUAGUGUGGUGGAAACAUGGAAAAAGAACAAGAGGGUGAGCAUCAAUAAAGAUGAGCUCAAGUCAACUUCAAAAGCAGUUGAAACAGUUCACAAUCUUUGCUGCAAUGAGAAUAAAGGCGCUUCAGAGCUUGUCGCAGAGCUGAGUACCCUUUACCAGUGCAUCAGAUUUCCAGUUGUAGCCAUGGGGGUAUUAAAAUGGGUCGACUGGACUGUGUCAGAACCCCGAUAUUUCCAGCUUCAGACAGAUCACACUCCAGUGCAUUUGGCGCUGUUGGAUGAGAUCAGUACAUGCCACCAACUGCUUCAUCCUCUAGUCUUGCAGCUUCUUGUCAAGCUCUUUGAGACUGAGCACUCUCAGCUUGAUGUCAUGGAGCAGUUGGAGCUUAAGAAGACUCUUCUGGACAGAAUGGUUCACUUGUUGAGUCGUGGAUAUGUCCUCCCAGUGGUGAGCUAUAUCCGGAAAUGUCUGGAGAAGUUGGAUACGGAUAUAUCUCUGAUCAGAUACUUUGUGACUGAGGUACUGGACGUGAUCGCUCCUCCAUAUACCUCUGACUUUGUGCAGCUUUUUCUUCCAAUUCUGGAGAAUGACAGCAUUGCAGGAACAAUUAAGACGGAAGGCGAGCAUGACCCAGUGACCGAGUUUAUAGCUCACUGUAAAUCGAAUUUCAUCAUGGUCAGCUGAACUAGGGAAGAAAUUCCAAAUCCUGAAGCCACUGGUGAUCAGGCCCCUCUCGUGCUGCACAAAGAAAACUGAAAUGGUUUGCUGAUCGGUUUCAGGUUAAGUAGGAGCUCACACCGGUCAAUUUUAUUUAUGUAGAAAGCAGUCACUGCCAUGACUUGUCAAUACUUCAAACCUUGGUCCUCUUGAAGAAGAGCAGAAAGGAUGGUGGAGGUUGCCUGCUCCAAGUAUAUGACCUAGCGAAAUAUGAUAGCAAUGAUAUUCUUAGAGAUGGUUUCUUGAGAAAUUCAUUGUUUUAGUAUACAACUGGUUACUUCUAGUAAGUAGAGCUGACACUGUGUUAUGAAUUCUCUCUGCUCUCUGUGUUCCAGUCAGUUCUGUAGACUGGAAAAGCAGUGCAUUAAUUUCUCAUACCUGCUUGAUUCUUGACAAUCCUAUAAAUUUCUGGCGAAAGUAUGUGUCAGAUCUGCCCUAUCUGAAAAUACCCUUACGUGAACCGUCUCCAACCUGGACACCCUUAGAUGUGGUGGGACUACAUUUCCCAUCCUUUGGCAGACCCCAAGCUGGAUAAGUCUCUUUAUGAUGGCUCUAUGAUAAUAUUGUAGCUUGUAAAUCAACCAUCAUGGAUGAUUGCUGAGAAACUGCACUAUGCUUAGUGACUGUUGCAUUCCAGUUCUGAAUCCUUUUAAAAAAGAAAAUCAUUUGUGCAUCACAAAUGUUUAUGUUUGCAGACCUUAGCAAAGAAAUACAGGUAUUUUGGGUUCUUUUAGGAGAAAAUAUUAAAAUAUUAACCAUUAUCAGUAAGUUUCAUUACUUUGAGAGAAAUAUAUAUAUCUACUGUUACAUUUCUCUAAAUGCAUAGAAGCAUAUACAGUAAUGUAUAACUUUUCAGGCCUGCCUUCUUGCUGCAUGUCAGAUGAGUGAGAAGUAUGACAGCUUGUAAUUUUUAAUAAAUUUUCUUUUGGGUAAAAAGUGUUGCACUUGUUGAAUGUA